UGCUGCAGACAGACGCAGAACCCUGUUCAGUCAGCAGUAGCCUCACACAGAGCAGGUUUCUCUAAAGACAUUAAUGAUUGCAGUAACUGAGAUUAGCUUUUCUUGUGGAACCCAAACUGGAGAAAAUUAGCUGGGUUUGCUGAAAUAAGUCUGGCUUAUUGAGUUAGCCUUCUUCAAGGAAUAACCUCCAGAAGACUUCAAAAGCAAAACAGACCGAGUUUCUUCUCCAAGCCAAACCCAUCAGUCAUGGCAGAUCGUCAGUCAUCUUAUGGGAAUGAGGACUCAGUUGGAAAACAACUAGACGAAAUAAAAAAAAACAGUAGAACAAUAAAAGGAUCCCUCACAAGAUACAUUCUAAACACAAAGACUCUAAUUGAUGGAGAAAGACUGAGGAGAGAGAGAUUUGGAGAAGAAGACAAGAGCAAACCUCAUAAAACCAUAAUACUGGUUGGAGAAACAGGAACAGGGAAGUCGACUCUCAUCAACGCCAUCAUCAACUACAUGCUGGGAGUGAAAUGGGAAGACAGAAUCUGGUGUGAGAUCAUAGAGACGAAAGACGACCAAACUAAAUCUCAGACCAAUGCAGUGACUGUGUAUGAUGUGUUUGCUGAGGAGAGUCCGUUCUCUCUCAGCAUCAUUGACACACCUGGAUAUGGAAGCACAGAAGGGAAAGAGGAUGACUUAAAUGUUACUGAAACACUGCAUGAGUUAUUCAGAUCCAAAGAUGGAGUUCGUGAGAUUGAUUUAGUGUGUCUUGUGGUGUCAUCAAACACCACUCGACUCACAGACAGGCAGCUGUAUGUGUUUGAUUCCAUUCUCUCUUUAUUUGGAAUAGAUGUGGAGAGAAACAUUGUUGUGCUCAUCACUCACGCCCCCAAAAAGCCUAAAAAUGCCCUUAAAGCCAUCAAAGAAUCAAACGUCAGAUGUGCUAAAACUGGUAAAGAGCCUGUGUACUUCAGCUUUGACAACUCUCACUGCGAAGACUUUAAUGAAGACGAUGACAAAACAGCAUGGGACAAAAAUGAGGAAAAUAUGCAGAACUUCUUCACUUUUCUGAAUGACAGUAAAACUGUAAGUUUAAAGAUGACCGAAAAUGUGAUGAAACUCCGCAAACAACUGACAGCAUCCAUCUUCAAUUUAAAGGAUCGAAUCAAACAGACAGACCAGAAAAAAACUGAGCUUGAACAGACAAAAAAAGCCUUGAAGCAAUAUGAGGAAGAAAAGAAGGACAUGAAUAACUUUGAAUAUGAAGUUGAUGAGGUCUACAAAGAAAUGGUGCCAAUAGAGUCUGAAUGGUGGCACAUACAAAGCAAAAAGGCGACUUGCUGCAGAGUGUGUAAGGAGAACUGUCAUUAUCCUGGAUGCUGGUGGGUCAAAGAUGUCUCAUGGUGCAGUGUCAUGUCAAAAGGAAAAUGCCAAAGUUGUACUAGAAAGUGUGAUGCUAAAGACCAUUUUAGAGGGGAGAAAAUCUAUGUGUCAAAGACUCGGAAGGUGAAGAGGACAUACAAAGAUCUGAUGAAGAAAUAUGAGAAAGAGUCUGGAGAGACAAAGAGUGUGAUGAGCAGUCUAGAGAAUGAAAUCAAAGAAAAUGAAGUGGAGAAAAAAUAUCUGGUUGAACAGUGUUACCAGAAUGUGGUCACUCUGGAGGUGACUGCUUUAAAGUCUGACUCUGCGUUUGUCAUUCAGCAUCUGGACUUCCUGAUUGAGAUAAUGAAGGAAAUAGGAAAAACAGAAGGAGUUCAGAGACUUGAAGAACUGAAGAAAAUGUAAGGUCCUUCACAUCUAUAAAGUAAAUAUAUGACUGACCCUGAUGAAAAAUAAAAUCAUCCUCAAACAGUCUACUCAAAAUGAUUUACCACAAACAGGAGGAAUAAAGAACAUUGCAUUCCACUAGUUUAUAUUUGCCUAGCCUACAUACAUGAUUAAAUUUUCAGAUUAAAUAAAAAAAGAGAUUACUGAGAGGGGCUUCAGUCCCUCUUUGGCAUCUUGCAGCAGGAAGUCACCACUUCACCAUCUGGAAAUCCAGCACAUUUCCUCAUUUGCCACGUCAUGAAUGGUACCUGCUUUUUCUAAAUGUCAAUGAACGACACUUUCUGCUCACACCACUUGUUUUUAGCGCUUACCAGCACCUGCCAUGCAGAUAUAGCACAUGCUACUUAAAACAGGCACAUACCAACAACUCCUGUGAGAAAAGUGACUCUGGGCACUGGGCACUGGGCUAAGCUAACUAGCAGCACAUCAUAACUCCACCAUAAACCAUCAAAACCUGGAACAACUGAUGAAUGAAUGUCGAUUUGAAAACUUUGUGCAGUUAAUAUAUAAUAUUGUUGGUUCUUUGUACCAUUAUGUGGACGAUUCUAAGCUGAAUGAGCUACUUUAGGAAAAGGCUGUGCAACAGUAGCAGUAAUAUUAGCUAUAUUUAUUAUCUUAAAUAUGUAGUACUUGCAGGCUUUUGUUGUGGCACCGAGAUUUCAUGAAAAUACAGCUUGUGUUACAGAUGUACUCAUGCUAAUUAUUGAAUUCAUUGUAAAGUGUUAUUCAUGCUACAUCUAAAGUUUGUAAAGACCAUUUAUCAGCAUGUUAAUUAAACAAUAAACAAGAAAUGUAGCCUUG